AUGGUUUCCUCAGACGUCGCUUCUGCUUUGACUUACGCAACUCUCUUGUUGGUUGAUGCUCAAAAGGACAUCACCUCAUCAAACAUUCUUGCUCUCACCAAGGCUGCUGGUGUGAAUGUUGAUAAGACCUCUGCUGAAGUCUUUGCUAAAUAUGCUACUCCAUCUUUGGUUGAAUCACUCAUCACAAAAAUGACCACUGUUGGUGGUGGUGUUGCUGCCGGAUCUGCUCCAGCUGCUACUGCUACUCCAGCUGCUGCUAAGGAGGAAGAAAAGAAGAAGGAAUCCGAAUCCGAGGAUGAUGCUGAUGCUUUCGGUGGUCUCUUCUAA